GCACGAUAUUGUCGUAAGUGUAGUGAAUGAUGCAGAGCAGCCCUGAACCGUGCUCCAUACACGUGUAGAGCCAGGCUGAAAAUAGGAGGUACAGCGGCAAAAAACAGACUAUAUUCGGAUCGAAUUUUGGUCUCUGGGCAAAGAUUUUGUGAGCUGUUUUCGCCGCAGACGGUUUGUUUUGACGGGAGGCUCUGGCAGAAGAAUAUUAGUCAUCUGUCUCCAGAUACCAGAGCACAAUGAUGAAAUACAUCCUGGUAACUGGAGGCGUCAUCUCUGGCAUCGGCAAAGGCAUCAUUGCAAGCAGUGUGGGCACAAUCCUCAAGUCAUGUGGUCUGCACGUAACUGCCAUCAAAAUCGACCCCUACAUAAACAUAGAUGCCGGCACCUUUUCACCCUAUGAGCAUGGUGAGGUGUUUGUGCUCGAUGACGGGGGUGAAGUGGACUUGGAUCUGGGGAACUACGAACGAUUCCUUGACAUCAGGCUAACAAGAGAUAACAACCUGACCACGGGCAAGAUCUAUCAGUCAGUCAUCAAUAAGGAGAGGAGGGGAGAUUACCUGGGCAAGACCGUGCAGGUGGUGCCCCACAUCACAGACGCGAUCCAGGAAUGGGUUGUGAAACAGGCCAAAGUGCCAGUUGAUGAUGAUGAUGUGGAACCUCAAGUCUGUGUGAUAGAGCUAGGAGGCACUGUGGGAGACAUAGAGAGCAUGCCUUUCAUCGAGGCCUUCAGGCAGUUCCAGUUCAAAGUGAAGAGAGAGAACUUCUGUAACAUUCACGUCAGUUUAAUACCACAGCCAAGUGCAACAGGAGAACAAAAGACUAAACCAACACAGAACAGUGUCAGAGAGCUGAGAGGACUGGGUCUGUCUCCUGAUCUGAUUAUGUGCCGCUGUUCAACCGCUCUGGAGAACUCGGUGAAAGAAAAGAUCUCAAUGUUCUGCCAUGUCGAACCUGAACAAGUCAUCUGCGUGCACGACGUGUCGUCCAUCUACAGAGUACCGUUACUGCUGGAGGACCAAGGCGUGGUGAGCUACCUGAGCAGGAGGCUUAAUAUGCCCAUAGAGACCAGACCCAGGAGAAUGCUGACUAAGUGGAAGGAGAUGUCUGACAGGUCAGACCGACUGCUGGAGCAUUGCUCUAUAGCACUGGUGGGGAAGUACACCAAGUUCUCUGACUCCUAUGCUUCUGUUAUAAAGGCUCUGGAGCACUCUGCUCUGGCCGUCAGCCAUAAGUUGGAAGUUAAAUAUAUAGACUCUGCAUCUUUGGAACCCUGCACUCUGCAGGAGGAGCCAGUAAAAUACCACGAGGCAUGGCAGAAACUCUGCAGCUCUGAUGGCAUCCUGGUCCCAGGAGGUUUUGGCGUCAGGGGAACUGAAGGAAAGAUUCAUGCCAUCAACUGGGCCAGGAAACAGAAAAAGCCCUUCCUCGGUGUGUGUCUUGGAAUGCAGCUAGCUGUGUGUGAAUUUGCCAGGAACGUGCUCGGCUGGGCAGAUGCCAAUUCAACAGAAUUCGACCCUGAAUCAAAGCAUCCUGUGGUGAUUGAUAUGCCAGAACACAACCCCGGGCAGAUGGGCGGCACCAUGAGGCUGGGAAAGAGACGAACCAUUUUCAAAACCAGCAACAGUGUGCUCCGCAAGCUUUAUGGAGAUGCAGAAUAUGUGGAUGAAAGGCACAGACAUCGCUUUGAGGUCAAUCCUGAGCUGAAGAGUCACUUUGAAGAGAAGGGAUUCCGCUUCGUAGGUCAGGAUGUGGAAGGAGAGAGGAUGGAGGUCACAGAGCUGGAUGAUCACCCAUAUUUCAUUGGAGUGCAGUACCACCCUGAGUUCACCUCUCGCCCCAUCAAACCGUCCCCUCCUUACCUUGGUUUGCUGCUGGCCGCUGCCGGAAAGCUUCAGAGCUACUUACAGAAGGGCUGCCGUCUGUCUCCACGGGACACGUACAGCGACCGGAGCGGCAGCAGCACGCCAGACUCAGAGAUAUCAGAACUGAAAUUGCCUUCUAUCUCAAGUGAAUGAUGUUUAGAACACCUGCUUUAGACCAAUGCGUUGUGCAGUAAAUGUCUUUUGUAAACGGAGUCAUAUCUGAAUAGAAUUGUAAACUAAACCCCUCUUCUGCUCCUCUAAUGCUGUCUACAGUGUUUCAGACUCAUUGGAGGUGAACUGUGGACUCACACAAACAAUGAUAGUGCCGCAUUUCUUUUCAAUGCGGAACUUACCUCAGACAGCUGUGGAUUAAGUAUUGAGUUUCCUGUUGCCUUUAUAUGCGGGUUAACUCUGCCUGCACUGAGGUUUAACUGACUGUCUCUUGUGCCAUCUGGUCCAGUACCACUGAGUUGUCCACCUGUAUAUCGUGGCCUUUUAUUAAAUGGGUACUGUUUCAUGGAGCUACAACUGUAUCAAGGCAUUUUAACAUUUAAUAGCAGGGUUUGACUGGAGUAAAAUUACAGAUAAACAAUAUCAUUGUCACUAGUCACAAUUACACUGUGACUAUAUAGAAUAUUUUUAGAAUCACGAUAUCUGUAGCUUCAUUCUGACUCGUCAAAAUGACAGUGAUAUCUGUAUUUCAGUUUGGAAUAGUCAAAACAAUAAUUGCAGAUAUCUCAAAUGUUCUUCUGAAUUGUUGUGAUGAUGCUGCUCAUGCAAGGCUUCUCAUUGGAAAUUGGUCCAGCAACAGAUUUAAACAGUGUUAGCAGAAGUAAUAACAUUUGCUGUGGAGGGUAAGAUUGUUAGGAAAUAGGAAAGACUCAUCAGUAAGGAGUUUGUGGAGAAUGAGAGCUAUAUUUAUCAGAGACAUGAGGCCAAAAUUUCUUAGAACUUUGGUCUCAGGCUGCUCUGACAUGGUUCUAAAAGAGCUGCCAUAUGUGGUGAAUGUCAAAGUCUGCUUUAAGAUCUCUGAAAAGCUAGCAGCCCCUGCAGCUUCAGACACAGCUACAGAUUUCUGCAGUCUUUUUGCCCUGUCAAAAUUAUAAUUCAAGGCAUCUUAUUACAUUUUGAUUAGUCAGAAUUCCAAGUCAAUUUUCUAUAGUGCUAUUCUGGCAAGCUCACACUUUAAGAAUCUGAAAAGUGACAAAAAGAAAUGCACCACUAGUUUCUGGUUCAACAUUUUACUAGAUUCCACAUUCAGUUUUUGUCACUGAUAAAGCAGUUGUAUGAACCUUUCCCCAAAAUCACAAGACAUGCAGAAACUUAAUGGUACAAAUAAGGAUGCCCAUUAAAAUCAAGAGUCUGCUUAUUGCCAAAAUGGCAUUUUCCCUGCAUCUCAUGGGUCUGCACUGAUGUGAACAUUUUGAUUCAGAGCCUGACUAAGCUUUCAGUGGACUCAUGUAGUCCAUCAGAUCCUGGCCAGUCAGUCUUCUCUGUAGUUAAGCUCUAGUGGAAUAGUCAACAUUUAAACUCAGCUGUUCAUUUACAGCUCCAGCCAGUUUGUAAGAUUCCCAUUACCUGGGCUGUUUCUUAUCCAUUGUUUUUUAUUGGGAUAGAUGUACCAUUUAGAAAUGUCAGAUCACUGUUGUGCACUGCCACUUCAAAAAACCCACAGCAAUUUUCUGAUAUCAGUCCCAUUAGCUGAAAGUGGUGCAUUUCUUUCCCUAUGACUGUAGAUAGAAAGGGAUUAGAAUUAUGACCAGGAGUUUAAAAAAACAAAACAAAACAAAACAAAUAGAAACUGAAAUUGGUCAAGAUGUCCAAUGAGAAACUCUGCACACAAAUAACUGAAAUGUUCCAUUUAACUACAGAUAGCUGCAGUACAUACAGUCUAGCCAGUAGAUAUGAAUGAGGUUUGGCAUGUGCAGUUUAUUUUCAUAUUGAUAUUUAAAUAUUUUCAAAGUGACAAUGGAAUAUAAUAAAAUUCCAAAAACAGUU